CGUUCGCUCGUUCCAUUCCGCUCAGAACCGCUCGAGCCUCGAUACGACUUUCGUCGGAGGGGCCCGACCGUCGACGAAGAACCGGAGGAUCCAGCCACCCCGAAGGGCUGAUACGACCCCUCUCGUUCGAUCCAACUCGAUCCCGUAAAUCAAAUUCGAAGAGUGUGUGCAACGUGUACGCGCAGUGAAGAAAAGUUUCUUUUUCUAUACGAGGUGAAUUUCAAAUCCAGUUCGUUUCCUUCGACACGAUUUUUUUUUUCUGGUCACAAGAUAGUGAAGCAAAGAAGUGACUGAAAACUUGUGAAGUUCGAAGGGUCUGUCGAGGGCGCGAGGCAACCACCAGCAAGUAGUAGUGGUUGAUCAUUGCUGCACCACCGGAGGUUAGGACGUCGUCGGCACCCCGUGGUCGUCGUCGUCGUCGUCGUCGUCGUAGUUGUGCUCGUGGUUUUGCACGGGGCUAACAGUGUCACCGGAGGGAGAAACAUGUUGAAUCGUGACUGUGUGUGACCAUCCGCGACCCCAUUGACUACGAGGCUGGCUUGGUCGAGGAGUAACGCGAGAACAGGGGCAAAGAUCAGAAGAGAAAAUUGCAAGAGGAAGGUGGUGAACGAGCUCGUCGAGGUUACGUGAAAACGUACCGACGGCAUGGCUGACAGUGAGGGUGGAUCCGAGCAGGAUGACGUAUCAUUCCUUCGCACGGAGGAUAUGGUGUGUCUAUCCUGCACAGCAACUGGUGAAAGAGUUUGCCUCGCGGCCGAGGGUUUUGGUAAUCGACACUGCUUUCUCGAAAACAUCGCAGACAAGAAUAUUCCACCGGAUCUGUCGCAAUGCGUAUUCGUAAUAGAACAGGCUCUCUCGGUGAGAGCUUUGCAGGAAUUGGUUACUGCUGCUGGUUCCGAGACGCAGCAAGAAAAUGUAGGAAAGGGCACUGGAUCCGGGCACAGAACGUUGUUAUACGGUAACGCUAUUCUGUUGAGGCAUCAGAACAGCGAUAUGUAUUUGGCUUGUUUAUCGACCAGCUCUUCCAACGACAAGUUGGCUUUCGACGUGGGUCUACAACAGCAUUCUCAAGGGGAGGCUUGUUGGUGGACGGUGCAUCCGGCAUCGAAACAGAGAUCCGAGGGUGAGAAGGUUCGAGUCGGUGAUGAUCUUAUUUUAGUAUCUGUAGCUACUGAAAGAUAUUUGCACACCACGAAAGAGAACGAUUUAUCGGUGGUGAACGCCUCGUUUCACGUGACACAUUGGUCGGUUCAACCGUACGGUACUGGAAUUAGUCGAAUGAAAUAUGUCGGUUACGUGUUCGGUGGUGAUGUGCUCCGAUUUUUCCACGGCGGCGACGAAUGCCUCACAAUACCGUCUACGUGGAGUACGGCGCCAAGUCAAAAUAUAGUGAUCUACGAGGGUGGCAGUGUAAUGAGCCAGGCACGUUCAUUAUGGAGGCUGGAAUUAGCUAGAACGAAAUGGGCAGGUGGAUUCAUCAAUUGGUUGCAUCCGAUGAGGAUCAGACACUUGACCACGGGACGUUACCUUGGGGUGAAAGAAAACAAUGAACUCUACCUGGUCGAUAGGAACGAGGGGACGAUAGAGACGUCGACGUUCUGGUUACGACAAGAAAAAGAUGACCAGAAGAUCAUUCUUGAGGACAAGGAUCUCGAAGUUAUCGGUAUGCCGAUCAUCAAAUACGGUGACUCGACUGUUAUUAUGCAACAUGCCACUACUUGUCUCUGGGUCUCGUACAAGUCGUACGAGACGAAGAAAAAGGGCGUGGGUAAAGUAGAAGAGAAACAAGCGGUCCUGCACGAGGAAGGAAAAAUGGACGACGGUUUGGACUUCUCUCGUUCUCAAGAGGAAGAAUCUCGUACGGCUCGUGUGAUCCGAAAGUGUAGCAGCUUGUUCACCCAGUUCAUCACAGGCCUAGAGACGCUGCAAGUAGAUAGAAGAGCGUCUAUGUUCUUCCAAAAUGUGAAUCUGAACGAAAUGGUGAUGUGUCUGGAAGACUUGAUUAAUUAUUUUGCUCAGCCUGAAGACGACAUGGAACACGAGGAAAAACAAAACAGAUUUCGUGCUCUGAGAAAUCGUCAGGAUCUGUUCCAAGAGGAAGGCAUACUGAAUCUGAUCCUGGAGGCCAUCGACAAGAUUAACGUCAUCACGUCGCAAGGUUUUCUGGUGGCGCUUUCGGGGGACGAGAGCGGUCAAGCAUGGGACCAAAUAUCCGGAUACUUGUAUCAAUUAUUGGCAGCUAUCAUCAAAGGAAACCACACCAACUGCGCGCAAUUCGCUAACAGCAAUCGACUGAACUGGCUGUUUAGUCGAUUGGGUUCGCAAGCUUCCAGCGAGGGCACCGGAAUGUUGGAUGUGCUUCACUGUGUACUUAUCGACUCGCCUGAAGCUUUAAACAUGAUGAGAGACGAACACAUUAAAGUCAUCAUCUCCUUGCUUGAGAAACACGGGAGGGACCCAAAAGUCUUGGACGUCCUCUGCUCACUUUGCGUGGGUAAUGGCGUGGCAGUUCGUUCGUCGCAAAACAACAUCUGCGACUUCUUGCUACCUGGGAAGAAUCUUCUGCUUCAAACACAGCUGGUCGAUCACGUCGCCAGUAUCAGGCCGAAUAUAUUCGUCGGUAGAGUCGAAGGUUCUGCCCUUUAUCAGAAAUGGUACUUCGAAGUUACCGUCGAUCACAUCGAGCAAACGACACACAUGAUGCCUCACUUGAGGAUCGGUUGGGCGAACACCUCGGGGUAUAUGCCAUACCCUGGUGGUGGUGAGAAAUGGGGAGGAAACGGCGUUGGCGACGACCUCUAUUCGUUCGGUUUCGACGGUGGGUUUUUGUGGACAGGUGGCAGAAGGACCCAAGUGGUUCAGGAGGCCAAUGAACCGUACAUCAGAAAGAGCGACGUGAUCGGUUGUGCGUUGGAUUUAACAGUACCCAUCAUAACUUUUACUUUCAACGGUGCACCCAUCAUGGGAUCCUUCAGAAACUUCAACCUGGAUGGCAUGUUCUUCCCUGCGAUCAGCUGUUCUUCUAAAUUGUCCUGCAGAUUCCUUUUAGGUGGUGAUCACGGUCGACUCAAGUUUCAACCACCUGAAGAAUUCUCACCCUUGGUAGAAAGCCUGCUACCUCAUCAGAUUUUGUCUCUAGACCCCUGCUUCUACUUUGGCAACAUGAACAAGGUGGUGUUAGCAGGACCAUGGCUGGUCGAAGAUGACACUGCUUUUGUUCCUGCGCCCGUUGACACAUCGAUGAUCAAUCUACCAUCUUACGUUGAACAAAUCAGGGACAAAUUAGCUGAGAACAUUCAUGAGAUGUGGGCGAUGAACAAGAUCGAGGCUGGCUGGAUCUUCGGUGAACACAGAGACGAUAUGAGGAAGAUUCAUCCGUGUAUCGUUCAGUUCGAACGACUGCCAGCUGCAGAGAAACGUUACGACACCCAGCUGGCUGUGCAGACGUUGAAAACUAUUUUGGCACUCGGUUAUUACAUCACCAUGGACAAACCACCGUCUAGAAUCAAAACCUUGAGGCUGCCUAACGAACCGUUCCUACAGAGCAGCGGAUACAAACCGGCGCCUCUCGAUCUUAGCGCCAUCACACUCACCCCCAAGAUGGAGGAGCUCGUGGAUCAAUUGGCAGAGAACACUCACAAUUUGUGGGCUAAGGAGAGGAUCAGUCAAGGUUGGACCUAUGGACUGAACGAGGAUUCCGAGAUGAGACGAAGUCCACAUUUGGUACCUUAUCCAAAGGUUGAUGAAGCUAUCAAGAAAGCUAAUCGUGAUACAGCAAGCGAAACAGUGAGGACACUUUUGGUGUAUGGGUAUAUGUUGGAGCCCCCAACUGGAGAACAACACGAAGCUUUACUACUGGAGGCGAGCAGACUACGACAAUUAUACUUCAGGACUUAUCGCGUUGAGAAACAUUACGCAGUCAGCAGUGGAAAAUGGUACUUCGAAUUCGAGGUACUCACUGCUGGUCCCAUGCGAGUUGGAUGGGCGAAAGCGGAUUGUAUGCCCGGAAGUAUGCUGGGAAGCGACGAGAGCACAUGGGCAUUCGAUGGUUACAACGAGGAAAAAGUAUACUCGGGCACAGCCGAGACAUUUGGCAAACAAUGGCAGGUUGGAGACGUUGUCGGGGUUUUCCUGGAUCUAAUUGACCGAACGAUUAGCUUUUCUCUGAAUGGAGAAUUGUUAAUGGAUGCACUCGGUGGCGAAACAUCGUUCGCGGACGUGCAAGGGGACUCUUUUGUCCCAGCUUUCACACUUGGAGUCGGACAGAGGGCAAAAUUAACUUUUGGUCAGGAUGUGAACACCCUGAAGUUCUUCACGACCUGUGGUUUGCAAGAAGGAUACGAACCAUUUUGCGUGAAUAUGAAUCGACCGGUUACCUACUGGUACACGAAGGAUCAACCGAUCUUCGAGAACACAGACGACAUGGCUGACACCAGGAUAGAUGUAGCCCGAAUUCCAGCUGGUUCUGACACUCCGCCGUGCUUAAAAAUCUCCCAUAACACGUUUGAAACCAUGGAGAAAGCGAACUGGGAAUUUCUACGGUUAUCCUUGCCAGUUAUCUGCCAAUCGACCUUCGUGUCCGAAAGCGAAAAGUUACGAAGAUGGCAGGAAAUUAAAAUGCGACAGAACAGAUUAUUGUCUGAACAGGUGGAACAAUCGCAACAAGCCGCACCUUCUGCCCACAUGGAGCAGAUCAUGAGAUCUGGUUUCAGUAUGAGCGACAUCAAAGGAUUACAGAGGAACUACUCGGAGGAUGCGGUUGAGGCUGACGAAAUGAUGAAGGAAUCACCGCUCCCAAUGCAAAGGAACAAACCUGCGAGACCACCCAGAAAAGGAUCUGUUUAUGGAUCUCGGCAAGGAAACAUGGAGAACGCCAUCAGCGAAGUCGAUAUGAAUGGAUAUGGCGACAUGAACGGCGACGUGAAGGAUGACAAGAAGAAACGAGGGCGUUCGCCAUUCCGCAAAGACACAGAGGAUGCCUCGUUCUUCUCGCGUAAAGCGAAGUCUCCUGAUGCGAAAGCGAAAACGCCCGAACCACCUGUACGAUCCGACGUGUCCGACAAAAGCACCAAGACCUUACCGAUGAACAAAGCAAGUAGUCGGCCUCCCCAAGUUCGCAUAUCAAAUAUGGAUUUGAAGGUAGUGCCACCACAGAUCCCAGAACGCAACGCACCAAAAGCAAUGUCGGUUCUCAGUGGAUCCGGGGUCGAGUCGAUCGGAAACGAAAUAUACGACGCGGAAUGCUUAAAACUGAUGAACGAAUACUUCUACGGAGUGAGGAUUUUUCCUGGACAGGAUCCAACUCACGUAUACGUUGGUUGGGUCACUUCUCAGUAUCAUUUGCACACGAAGGACUUUAAUUUGUCCCGCGUGAGAAAGGGCUCUGUCGUUAUCACCGACGAUUAUGAACGUCCAGUAGAACAGGUCGAUAGACAGAGUUGUUACAUGGUGAGAGCAGACGAGCUAUACAACGAGGUAACGCAGGACGCAUCCGGCAAAGGUGCGUCUCAAGGAAUGUUCGUGGGUUGUUUCGUGGACACAGCGACAGGUUGGGUCUCCUUCACCUGCGAGGGCAAGGAAACCAGCCACAAAUUCCGGAUGGAACCCGACACGAAAUUGUUCCCUGCUAUCUUCGUUGAAGCUACCAGCAAGGAGAUCCUUCAGAUCGAACUAGGAAGAACUUCCACGACCUUACCACUGUCUGCUGCGGUGUUACAAAAUUCAGAACGCCAUGUAAUACCACAAUUUCCACCUAGAUUGAAGGUGCAAUGUCUGAAGCCUCAUCAGUGGGCUAGAGUACCCAAUCAGUCGCUCCAGGUACACGCCUUGAAAUUGUCAGAUAUCAGAGGUUGGUCGAUGUUGUGCGAAGAUGCGAUAUCAAUGCUAGCUUUGCACAUUCCUGAAGAGGACAGGUGUAUAGAUAUCUUGGAACUAAUAGAAAUGGACAAACUGCUGAGCUUCCACGCCCAUACUUUGACACUGUACGCGGCCCUCUGUUAUCAGUCAAAUUAUAGAGCAGCCCACGCUCUAUGUCAACACGUCGAUCAAAAACAAUUACUAUACGCAAUUCGAGCGGAAUACAUGUCCGGGCCCCUACGACAAGGAUUCUACGACUUGCUAAUCGCUUUGCAUCUCGAGUCACACGCGACCACGAUGGAAGUGUGCAAGAACGAAUACAUUAUUCCUUUAGGUCAAGAGCUGAAGGACUUGUACGAAGACGAAGAAAUGAAGCACAGCCUCAGGUACCUGGAAACCGAGUCCGUUCGUCCUCAAAUGAAAAUGACGGAUAUCAGGGAAAUUCCUUCUAGCGAUCAAACGAUCGAGAACAUAAGGAGCCUCUACAGCCCUCAUUUCCCCUUGGACGUCGUGAGGGAUUACGUGAUGAUGGCCUUGAACGAGGCCGUCGAAGUGAAUCAAGUUCACAACCGAGAUCCUAUCGGUGGCAGCAACGAGAAUCUAUUCCUGCCACUUUUGAAGCUCGUCGAUAGGUUACUCUUGGUGGGUAUGCUGAGGAACGAGGAUAUCAUGAAGCUUCUAAUCAUGAUUCAUCCUGAAACGUGGGACCCGACGUUUGACAAAGAAGGUAAAGACGAACACAAGAAGGGAUUGCUACAUAUGAAGAUGGCAGAGGGAGCGAAGUUACAGAUGUGCUAUCUUCUUCAUCAUCUGAACGACAUCCAGCUUCGUCAUCGCGUCGAAUCGAUAAUCGGCUUCAGCCACGACUUUGUCGGCGAUCUGCAGUCCGAUCAACUUCGUCGUUACAUCGAGAUCAAACAAUCUGAUCUGCCAUCGGCUGUAGCGGCGAAGAAGACCAGAGAAUUCAGGUGUCCGCCUCGCGAGCAGAUGAACGCGAUUUUAAGCUUCAAAAACAUGGAAUCCGCGGACGAUCCUGACAACAUUCCUUGCGGAGAGGAUCUGAUAAACCGAAUGAACGAGUUCCACAACAAUCUCAUGUCUUACGUGUCUCUGCACGCUCUUCAGGAGGCGGCCGAUGCUGAGAACGAGCCUAUAGAAGAAGUUCAGAAACCUGGCGCCAUAAAGAAGCUGUUCAACUUCAUUAAUGCGGUUAAAGAACUCGAAGAGGAACCCAAACCGGAGCCGGAACCACAAAGAAAAACUCCAGAAGAGGUGUUCCGUAAGGUGCUGAUAAAAACAAUCGUCAGCUGGGCUGAAGAAUCACAAAUCGAGACACCAAAGUUGGUCCGAGAGAUGUUUAGCCUCUUAGUUCGUCAAUAUGAUACCGUUGGCGAGUUAAUUAGAGCCCUAGAAAAGACUUAUGUGAUUAACAGCAAGACAAGGGACGAUGUCGCCCUGAUGUGGGUCGGUUUGAGCCAGAUUCGUGCUUUACUACCCGUGCAAAUGUCUCAAGAAGAGGAGGAACUAGUCAGAGAACGACUCUGGAAGCUGGUGAACAAUCAUACGUUCUUCCAGCAUCCAGAUUUAAUCAGAGUCCUAAGAAUUCAUGAAAAUGUGAUGGCGAUCAUGAUGAACACCUUAGGUAGACGAGCACAGGCACAAUCUGAUGCUCAAACUCAGCCUCAAACAACAGAAGGCGAACCAGCUUCGAAAGAAAAGGAUACAUCUCACGAGAUGGUUGUAGCCUGCUGUAGAUUCCUGUGCUACUUCUGUCGUACAUCCAGACAGAAUCAGAAGGCCAUGUUCGAUCACUUCGACUUCCUACUGGAGAACAGUAACAUCUUGUUGUCAAGACCAUCUUUGAGGGGCUCGACGCCAUUGGACGUGGCUUAUUCGUCUCUUAUGGAGAACACAGAACUAGCUUUGGCUCUCAGAGAACACUAUCUCGAAAAGAUUGCCAUCUAUCUGUCUCGUUGUGGUUUGCAAUCGAAUUCUGAACUGGUGGAGAAAGGUUAUCCUGAUCUGGGAUGGGACCCAGUGGAAGGUGAACGAUACUUGGACUUUUUAAGAUUCUGCGUGUGGGUGAACGGUGAAAGUGUGGAAGAAAAUGCCAACCUGGUGAUACGUUUACUGAUCAGAAGACCGGAAUGUUUGGGACCUGCACUUCGGGGCGAAGGUGAAGGGUUGUUGAGGGCCAUUAUAGACGCCAAUAAAAUGUCUGAACGCAUUGCUGACCGACGACAAGUACACGACGAAGCCGAGGGCACAACGAGCGUGAUGCAAUUCGAGCAUCCCCUUCCAGAAUCAGACGACGACGAAGACUACAUAGACACAGGAGCUGCGAUCCUGAACUUCUAUUGUACUUUGGUCGAUCUCUUAGGCCGUUGCGCUCCGGAUUCUUCUGUCAUCGAACAAGAGGCUUCUACAGAAUCCGUUGGGAAGAACGAGUCUCUACGAGCGAGGGCCAUUUUACGAUCCCUGGUACCAUUGGAUGAUCUACAGGGUGUUUUAUCGUUGAGAUUCACUCUGUUGAACCCAGCAGCUGGUGAAGAGAAACCAAAAAGCGAUAUGCCAUCGGGUUUAAUCCCGGGGCACAAGCAAAGCGUCGUACUGUUUCUGGAACGCGUUUAUGGCAUCGAAACGAGGGAGCUGUUCUUCAAAAUACUCGAGGAAGCUUUCUUGCCUGAUCUUAGAGCUGCCACCAUGCUCGACAGAAACGAUGGCUACGAGUCUGACAUGGCAUUGGCGAUGAACCGUUACAUUGGAAACAGUAUUCUACCUCUACUGAUCAAGCAUUCCAAGUUUUAUAACGAGGCAGAUAAUUACGCUAGCCUCCUCGAUGCCACACUGCACACUGUCUACAGAUUGAGCAAGAACAGGAUGCUGACGAAAGGUCAACGUGAAGCCGUAUCGGACUUCCUCGUGGCAUUGACCAGAGACGUCCACGAGUUAAAUGUCUCCCAAAUGCAACCAAGCAUGCUGUUGAAACUGCUUCGAAAGUUGACCGUAGACGUGUCCAAACUGUCUGAAUACACGACCGUCGCUCUCAGAUUGUUGACCCUGCACUACGAUCGGUGCGCUAAAUAUUAUGGGUCAACCGGUGGACAAGGAGCAUACGGUGCAUCGAGCGACGAAGAGAAACGUCUAACCAUGGUGCUCUUCAGCAACAUAUUCGACUCGUUGUCCAAGAUGGAUUACGAUCCAGAAUUAUUCGGAAAAGCCUUACCUUGUCUCACAGCCAUCGGUUGUGCCCUGCCACCUGAUUACUCGUUGUCCAAAAACUAUGACGACGAAUGGUACGGAAGUAAAUCAGCAUCCACGCAGUCGCCUGAUGGUCCUUACAAUCCUCAGCCAAUCAACACCUCGAGUGUGGUUCUCAAUAACGAUCUAAAUCAGAUAGUACAAAAGUUCUCGGAACAUUAUCACGAUGCUUGGGCCAGUCGUAAACAAGAGAAUGGUUGGACUUAUGGGGAACAAUGGUCUGAAAUCAAUAAGACUCAUCCCAGAUUGAAACCUUAUAAUAUGCUGAACGAUUAUGAGAGAGAACGUUAUAAGGAACCGGUUAGAGAGAGUUUGAAAGCUUUGUUGGCUAUAGGAUGGAGCGUCGAACACGCGGAAGUGGAUGUAUCUUCUACGAAUCGUAGUUCCAUGAGGAGAUCAUCGAAAAGUCAGGUUGUUGCCACAAUGUUUCAGAGUGAUUCGGGAAAUCCGUUCAACUACAAUCCUCAUCCGGUGGACAUGACCAACCUGACGCUCAGCAGAGAAAUGCAGAACAUGGCCGAACGUUUGGCGGACAAUGCACAUGAUAUAUGGGCGAAGAAGAAGAAAGAAGAGCUCAUAACUUGUGGUGGUGGCAUUCAUCCUCAAUUGGUACCAUACGAUUUGCUGACUGACAAGGAGAAACGAAAGGACCGGGAACGUUCUCAGGAAUUCCUCAAGUAUCUACAGUAUCAAGGUUACAAGCUCCACAAGCCGAAUCGAGGAGGGGAAUCUGAAGUUGCCACAGCUGGAGCGUCAGUGGAAUUACGGUUCGCCUAUUCGUUACUGGAGAAACUGAUAGCCUACUUGGACAAGGCUACCAUCAACAUGAAGCUGUUGAAACCAUCCGACACGUUCAGCCGAAGGAACAGCUUCAAGACGUCCACGCGAGACAUCAAGUUCUUCAGCAAAGUCGUGCUACCGUUGAUGGAGAAGUACUUCAGCACGCAUAGGAAUUACUUCAUCGCCGUGGCCACAGCCACGAACAACGUCGGUGCUGCGUCGUUGAAGGAGAAGGAAAUGGUAGCAGCUCUGUUCUGCAAAUUGGCUAGUCUCUUAAGAUCCAGGUUGGCCGCUUUCGGACCAGACGUCAGGAUCACUGUCAGAUGUCUUCAAGUCUUGGUCAAGGGCAUAGACGCGAAGAGUUUGGUAAAGAAUUGUCCCGAGUUCAUUAGAACCUCUAUGCUGACCUUCUUCAACAACACCGCGGACGAUCUGGGACACACGAUCCUGAAUCUUCAAGAGGGAAAAUACAGCCAUCUGAGAGGUACCCAUUUGAAAACUUCGACGUCCUUGUCGUACAUCAACAGCGUCGUUUUACCAGUACUCACAGCCAUGUUUGAUCAUCUGGCUGCUUGCGAGUACGGCAGUGACUUGUUGCUGGACGAAAUUCAAGUGGCAUCGUACAAGAUGCUGGCGUCUCUGUACACUCUCGGUGUAGACUCUUCCCUGACGCACGACAGAAAGUACUUGAAGACAGAGAUCGAGCGUAACAAGCCUAACUUAGGCUCUUGUCUCGGUGCUUUCUCCAGCUGCUUCCCAGUGGCCUUUCUGGAGCCUCAUUUGAACAAACACAAUCAGUUUUCUCUUCUAAAUCGAAUCGCUGAUCAUUCCUUGGAGGCGCAGGAUAUCAUGACGAAGAUGGAGUCGAGCAUGCCCACCCUGGAGACGAUUCUAACAGAGGUCGACCAGUUUGUGGAAUCCGACAAAACCUACAACGAUCUUCCUCACGUAGUUGACGUGAUUCUUCCUCUACUUUGCUCCUAUUUGCCCUUCUGGUGGGCUCAAGGUCCAGACAACGUAAAUCCAACCGAGGGAACUUACGUUAGCAUGGUCACUAGCGAUCACAUGAACCAGCUAUUGAAAAAUGUUCUCAAAUUGAUCAAGAAGAACAUCGGCAACGAGAAUGCUCCCUGGAUGACUCGUAUCGCUGCCUACACCCAACAGAUCAUCAUCAACUCUUCGGAAGAGUUAUUGAAAGAUCCUUUCUUGCCACUUGCUGAACGAGUUAGAAAACGUACGGAUAAUAUGUUCCACAAAGAAGAGUCCCUUCGUGGUUUCAUUAAAUCGUCGACCGAUGACACGUCACAAGUUGAAGCACAGAUUCAAGAGGACUGGCAACUUUUGGUUCGCGAUAUUUACUCGUUCUAUCCUCUGUUGAUCAAGUAUGUUGAUCUGCAGAGGAAUCAUUGGCUCAGAAACAACAUUCCUGAAGCGGAGGAUCUUUACAACCACGUGGCCGCGAUAUUUAAUAUCUGGUCUAAAUCACAGUACUUUUUGCGCGAGGAACAGAAUUUCAUAUCAGCGAACGAGAUUGAUAACAUGGUGCUGAUCAUGCCUACAGCGACUAGGAGACCUACCACCAUUUCGGAUGGAACCGCACCUUCUGGAGGAGGCAAGAAAAAGAAGAAACAUCGCGACAAGAAGAGGGACAAAGACAAAGAAGUGCAGGCAUCGUUGAUGGUAGCCUGUCUGAAGAGACUGUUACCAGUUGGUCUGAAUUUGUUCGCUGGUCGUGAACAGGAACUGGUACAACAUUGCAAGGACAGAUUCUUGAAGAAGAUGCCGGAGUACGAGAUUGCUGAAUUCGCCAAGACCCAGUUAACACUGCCAGACAAGAUCGACCCAGCUGACGAAAUGUCCUGGCAGCAUUAUCUGUAUUCCAAGUUAGGUCAGAAGAAAGACUCGAUGGAACCAGUGAAAGCACAACAGUUAGAGGAUGUCGUUGCAAGGAUCACCGACAUGGCUAAAGUUCUCUACGGUUUACACAUGAUAGAUCAUCCGCAACAGCAGAGCAAGGGUCAAUAUCGAUCCGUGGUAUCGAUACAACGUAAACGAGCCGUGAUUGCUUGUUUCCGUCAAACUUCCCUACAUUCCCUGCCCAGGCAUCGGGCUAUAAACAUCUUUGCACGAACGUACUACGAGCUCUGGUUGCAGGACGAGAAUGUUGGUCAAGAAGUGAUGAUUGAAGACCUUACGCAAUCAUUCGAAGACGCGGAAUUGAAGAAGAUGGACAAAGACGAGGACGAGAGUAAACCAGAUCCGCUCACGCAACUGGUAACAACGUUCUGUCGCGGUGCCAUGACCGAACGGUCCGGUGCUCUUCAAGAAGAUCCAUUGUACAUGAGUUACGCCCGAAUUAUAUCAAAGUCUUGCGGAGAGGAAGAAGAAGAAGGCGAGGACGAAGGUGGAGGUGGCGAAGAAGAAGGAGGUGCCUCGAUCCACAAGCGGGGCUAUAAGCCACUUAUGCGACCGAUGCAUAAACUGAUGGAACAAGAAAUGGAGAAGCAAAAGCUUCUGUUCCAUCAAGCUCGUCUUGCGAACCGAGGGGUGGCUGAGAUGGUACUGCUUCAUAUAUCAGCCUGCAAAGGUCUACCCAGCGAGAUGGUGAUGAAGACCUUGGAAUUAGGGAUUUCCAUUUUGCGUGGUGGUAACAUAGAGAUUCAACGAGGAAUGCUGAACCACUUGAAGGAGAAGAAGGACGUGGGUUUCUUCACUUCCAUCGCUGGUCUAAUGAACUCUUGCAGCGUGUUGGAUUUAGAUGCGUUUGAAAGGAACACGAAAGCGGAAGGUCUUGGAGUUGGUUCCGAGGGUGCUGCUGGAGAGAAGAACAUGCACGACGCAGAGUUCACCUGUGCAUUGUUCAGAUUCAUCCAACUUACAUGCGAGGGUCACAAUCUAGACUGGCAGAAUUAUCUUAGAACCCAAGCUGGUAACACAACAACAGUGAACGUGGUCAUCUGCACCGUCGAUUAUCUGUUACGACUUCAAGAAUCCAUCAUGGAUUUCUACUGGCACUACUCCAGCAAGGAACUCAUCGACCCAGCCGGAAAAGCGAAUUUCUUCAAAGCCAUAGGCGUUGCCAGUCAAGUCUUUAACACCCUUACUGAAGUUAUUCAAGGUCCUUGCGCACAGAAUCAACAGGCACUCGCACAUUCUCGAUUAUGGGACGCAGUCGGUGGAUUCCUCUUCUUGUUUUCUCAUAUGCAAGACAAAUUAUCGAAACAUUCGAGCCAAGUGGACCUCCUGAAGGAACUGCUGAAUCUUCAGAAAGACAUGAUCACCAUGAUGCUUUCCAUGCUUGAAGGUAACGUUGUGAAUGGAACCAUUGGAAAACAGAUGGUGGACACUUUGGUGGAGUCUGCGGGCAACGUCGAGCUGAUCCUGAAGUAUUUCGACAUGUUCUUGAAGUUGAAGGACCUCGUGUCGUCGCCUAGUUUCUUAGAGGUGGAUCUGAACAGCGAUGGUUGGGUGUAUCCGAAGGAUUUCAAAGAGAAAAUGGAGCAACAGAAGAGUUACACCGACGAGGAGAUUGAGUUUCUGUUGGCUUGUUGCGAGACGAAUCACGACGGGAAGAUCGACUACGUUGCGUUCAUGGAUCGUUUCCACGAGCCAGCAAAAGAAAUCGGCUUCAAUCUUGCUGUUCUACUCACCAAUCUGUCUGAACACAUGCCGAAUGAACCCAGACUGGCUAGGUUCCUCGAGACAGCUGGCUCUGUACUGAACUACUUCGAACCGUUCCUUGGCAGGAUCGAGAUUCUCGGUGGAAACAAGAAGAUCGAGAGAGUGUACUUCGAGAUCAAAGAGUCCAACAUCGAACAAUGGGAAAAGCCUCAAAUCAAAGAAUCGAAGAGGACCUACUUCUACAACACUGUGGUGGAAGCUGGCGAGAAAGAAAAAUUGGAAACGUUCAUUAACUUCUGUGAAGAUGCCAUCUUUGAGAUGCAACACGCUAGUGCAUUGAUGGCUGUUGAAGAGAGUGGUGGAAUCGGAAAAGCGAGAGAAUCCUCUUACACGUACAUGUCAGAAGACGAUGAAGAAAGGAACAAGGAUCCCAUCAGAAGAGGCAUUCAGACCUUCAAGGACGGUAUAUACUUCUUCUUCUCUAUAUUCUCUCCCAGCAACAUCAAGAACAAGAUCGCAGAGAUGCAACAGAUGACUUUCUUGGAACUCUUCAUUGGCUUUUUCAAAAUGAUAUUCUACUCUUUCUACUAUUCUGGAUUCGGUGUUGGUUGUGUGAUCAGCUACUUCAUGAGAUUGUUACUGGCGUUGAUGAAGGGACCACACGUGGAAGAGCCUGUCGUCGAGGUGAAGGAAGAGGAAGAGAAACCGUCCAGACAUUUACCUGCUUUACCACCAACGCCGGAUGAAUCCAAUCUACAGGUACAAGCCUUCGGAAUGGAUAUAACGAAAGAAGAAGGAGGCCAGAUAAAAAUAGCACCUCACGAAUCUGCAACUUCGACACCCCAGUCGAGUAUAGAGGAAACUGGUGAGAGUACACCGGAAGAAGCAACUGGCGAGGACGGUACAAGGGUCGAAGGUGGCGGGGAAUCGGAAACACCAGUUUCUUUGGCCGAUUUAUUGGGUGGUGAACAAGCUAGAGCUCAAGCAGCAGCCGCAGCGGAAGCAGCAGCAGCUCAACAAGCAGCCAUGGCAGCAGUCGAAGCUGAAGCGAAACAGGAAACGAUAACGGAACCAUCCGGCUCUUCCAUCGACUUUUCCGAAUACACCCACCGAAUUGUAUCGUUCUUAGCUAGGAAUUUCUACAACUUGAAAUAUGUGGCUCUAGUUCUCGCUUUCUGUAUCAAUUUCAUGUUGCUGUUCUACAAGGUUUCUUCUUUGGCUGGCGAUGGGGACGAAGAGGGCAGUGGUGAUGCAAUAGCUGACAUAUUGGCAGACAUAUCUGGCGAAGGGCCAUCCGGUUCCGGGAAUGGUAGUGGCGUGGAAAUGGGAAGCGGUAGCGGAGAGAACGAGUCUGAAGAAGAGGAAGACGUGUACGCUUUGGAAUAUGUUGAAGUUGCAGAAGAUUUCUACUACAUGGCACACGUUAUGAGGCUCAUGGCUGCUCUUCACUCGAUCGUUUCUCUUGCUAUGCUGGUCGCUUACUAUCAUUUGAAGGUACCGUUGGCAAUCUUCAAACGGGAAAAGGAAAUCGCAAGAAGGGUAGAAUUCGAUGGACUCUACAUUGCUGAGACACCGGAAGAAGACGACAUCAAGGCUCACUGGGACAAAAUGGUGAUAUCGGCGAAAACAUUCCCCGUUAAUUAUUGGGAUAAAUUCGUUAAGAAGAAAGUGAGACAGAAGUACAGCGAGACGUACGAUUUUGAUUACAUCAGUAAUUUACUUGGCAUGGAGAAGACUUCGUUUAGUCAGCAAGAGGAAGAGGGUUCUGGUUUGAUACACUUUAUCGUAAACAUCGACUGGAGGUAUCAGGUUUGGAAAGCAGGGGUCACCAUCACUGAUAACGCAUUUUUGUACAGUUUAUGGUACUUCAUAUUCUCUAUCCUUGGAAAUUAUAACAACUUUUUCUUCGCUGCUCACUUGCUGGACGUCGCGGUUGGUUUCAAAACGCUGAGGACGAUCUUGCAAUCCGUCACACACAACGGCAAACAACUGGUGUUAACGGUGAUGUUGUUGACGAUCGUCGUGUACAUCUACACGGUGAUAGCCUUCAACUUCUUCAGGAAGUUUUACAUUCAAGAAGAGGAUGAUGAAGUGGACAAGAAGUGUCAUGACAUGUUAACGUGCUUCGUGUUCCAUCUUUACAAAGGUGUCAGAGCUGGUGGUGGUAUCGGUGACGAAAUCGGUGAACCUGACGGCGAUGAUUACGAAGUCUAUCGUAUCAUGUUCGACAUCACAUUCUUCUUCUUCGUCAUCGUCAUUCUGCUGGCUAUCAUUCAGGGUUUGAUUAUCGACGCGUUCGGUGAACUUCGAGACCAGCUCGAGAACGUGAAAACAAAUAUGGAGAGCAAUUGUUUCAUCUGUGGUUUAGGAAAGGAAUACUUCGACACAGUCCCUCAUGGAUUUGAUACGCACGUUCAGCAAGAGCAUAAUCUUGCUAAUUAUAUGUUCUUCCUCAUGCACUUGAUCAACAAGCCGGACACCGAAUACACCGGUCAAGAAACGUACGUGUGGAACAUGUAUCAGCAAAGGUGUUGGGACUUCUUCCCGGUCGGUGAUUGUUUCCGCAAGCAGAACGAAGCGGUAGAGGAAGAGGCCAAGAAGAAAUAAAUCUUUUUCAUUCGUUUUACACGUACCUAGAUGACCAAUCGAUCAUUACCAAAGGGAUCCUUUCCCGAUACCUCUUCGAUAAUCGUAGCCUCCAAUUUCUACGCGCAAUGAGGAAUACGUUAAGAACGAUUCGACAAUUUUUGCAGAUUAAAUCGUUUAAGAAGUUACACUCUCGUUCAUCUGUCAAUAGAGAAAGGAAACUAGAGAACGCGUGUGUGUGUACCUUUUACAUUCGACGUUUAUUAUCAUUAUUAUUCCAAGUUUAAAGACGCGAGAUUUUUCACGACAAUGGAUCGCGCGAAUCGCACGCUUUCGGCUCGAAUACGAACGAGCAAACAAGCCGAGAGACUGGCGAAAUAUUUUUCCAACCUAUUUUUCCAACUUUUUAUGGAUGGCUGGAUAUCGUGUAACCGACUAUUUCCUCCUUUAGAUAGGAUCUAAUCGCAAAGUGUUGUUAAUCGUCGACAAAGGGAACCGACUGCACAAAUCUACAUUAAUCAUAAACGUUACGAUUGCCUUCUUUUCAUACGUCGUGUGACCACAUUUGCGCGUAAAUUAUUUAACUGAUUAACGUAAUGUUUGAGAUAUGCAAAAUGUUAAAUAAGUUGAUGAUGUUUAAAGUUUAUAUGAAUCACGGAGUUCUCUACGAUUAGACGAGAACUUUUUAAUGAUCAUUGACGACUGAAAUCGCGAUAUAAUCAAACAUGUCAAUACAUUGUAAAUAACGAUUCUACGAGAUGAUUACCUGAGAAUAAAGAAAGACAUACUUCUUUA